AUGAAUAGUAUACUAGAAACUGCGAAUCAUGAAAAGGAUUUUGCAAUAAGUUCAAGCUCAAAUUGUGUGGUAGCUAUACUAACAAUAAGUUGGCAGGAUAAAAGGCUAUACGUUGGUGAAGUUAACGAAUAUAUAUCAGAGUUAAGCUCGGAUGAAGAAAUGGUGCCUACUGAUUGCAAUUAUAUAGAACCGUCAACUAACCAAUGUGAGGAUGAUUCAAACAAAAAAAAAUGGUGUAGCGAUGCUAAUGCAUCAGAUGGAUCCCUUGAACCUGAACAAUCAAGUAAUACCAUAAAUACAAAAACAUCUAAACCUGGUGGAUCUUUACUUCCCAUUCGUGAUAAGGCUAUUACCAAGGUUAUUGUCUCCCAAAAUCUUGCCUUUUCUUUUACAGAAGAAAAAAUGUUUAAACGAUUUGCAAAAAUUGUGGAUUCACGGUGGACUGUGCCAAGUAGAGGAAAGAUUAAAACAAUUAUGAUUACAGAAGAUGAAUGGACCGCAGUUGCUGAUAUUAUUAAUAUUUUAAAACCAUUUAAUGAUAUAACAAAUUAUAUUUCAGGUAGUUCAUACCCAACGAUGAGUAUUAUUUACCCGACUAUGUGUAUGCUUCGCAACACUUUACUUAGAGAAUUCGUAAAUGAAGACGAUAGUACUUAUGAUGCAAAUGUUAACAUGUUUGACUAUGUAGAAGUAUUAGAUGAAGACGAAGAGUCAGUGCAAGUAAAAUCUCCAGCCGUCACCACUGAUCUGGGCACUAUAUUAAAUCAUCAAGAUUGUCUUAGAUCAGAAUAUGAUAAAAUUACAAGUAAUGAGAAUUUUGGAUCAUCGAUUUGGAUUGUUCAUGUUAACAAUUUUCACA